AUGAGCCGAAGGAAAAAUUUGAAUUCUGAUGAUAUUCAACAGUUUCUCGAAAUUCCUUCCGGUAGUGAAGAUGACCUGGAACUGUCUGAUGAGGACAGCGAUGACGACUUGAUUAGAAUCCAGGAUUUGGUGUUGAACGAAGUGGAGACGUGCCCUGAAGUACUACAGGAUGAUUUCUUCGAUGAGAACGUGAGCAUACUUAGUCAAAGGUCAAGCAGUAGUAUGUUAGUGAUUCAGCCAACAAGCAGUUCUUCUAACAUAGCCAACGUUGCAUCACAACCUAGUACUUCCAGGCAAGUAAAUCCUAGAUCCAGCCGAGUAGCAUCACGGCCUCAAGCAGUACCUACUCCCCGCAUCAUUUCACCUUCCCCACAGCCUGUCAGGCCUGCCAGGCCAAAACCUAAGAGAGAAUACAUAUGGCGGAAGAUGGACUUUCAGCCACCUGAUACCACAUUUACUGGCGUUGACGUGUUGGCAACCUGA